AUGGGUAUCGAAGAAGGCAAUUACAAGGAGCAAAAGGUUCUCACAAGGUGCAAAAGGUCAACUACAGGCGUGAGGAAGCUCCUCACAAGGUGCAAACGGUUCUCUAUCCGCCGCUUCGCUAAUAUUGUUGUGGAUGUGUGGAUACGGAUCCCCUCAUAUCUUCCUGGUUUCUACAUAUGUCUUCAAGGAGACCUUCAAGCUUCCUUCCUUUACAAGAAUGUUACUCUUGCUACCUCUUCCCCACAAAAAUACGACAAUCUCAAAUACCGUGAAGCUCAGGUUCUUAAGGUUUCAGCAGGUGUCUCGGGAGAAGGUAUUUAUGGUUUGAUAGGUAAAGAUAUAACUGAAGAUAUGAAAGAGAAGAAGGAAGUGCGGUUUGGUACUCGUUUUUAUAUCACUGAUUGCAGGGAAAAUACAACUGGUACUAUGAGAUAUGCAUGUGAUGAAGUCACGUUGCGAUUCGAACCAGGUUCCGAGAUGAAGGCGGCUUUGUUUGGGAUGAACCCUAGCUGCGUCAAUUAUUGACCUAACUCCACGUCAUCGCCAGUUCAUUGCCUUUUUUUUUCCUUCUCUUUUGUUUCUUGUGUUUUUCAUCGGAUGAUUGUUACGUUGGAAAAUAUUAGGGUUUUACUUAGGUUUUCUCUCGAAAUAACAAUAUUUUUAAUUGAAUGAUAUUAAAAAUCUUAUAAUGGGAUCGAUAUUCAACUACAAUCAUUAUCAAGAAAUAAAAAUAAUAAUGAAACUCAAAACCAUAAUUAUCUAAAGAAAGAAACACAACAUUAAAACGAAUUAAAGGACAUAACCAUGUUU